AUGGAAGCCAUCCCGCCGCAACACAGAAACGAUGCCACGCAGGGUCAUGUCUCGUGCCCUCGAGGUCACAGUACCAGCCUAAAUACCCCGCGGUCCCCUAAGAUCUUGCUCUCCAAUACCCCGCCAUCUCAAAGGCAACUUUUCUUCAGCAGCAGCAACAGCCGUUUGUCACCCCACCAUCGAACCAUGUCUACCACACCGAGUCGUCGGCUUAAUGUGCACAACAUCAACCAGCAUGUUGUUGCUGCCGAGUACGCCGUUCGCGGCGAGCUGGCCGUAAAGUCGGAGGAAUACCGGGCAAAGCUGGCCAAGGGUGACAAGGACCUCCCCUUUGAAGCCGUCAUCUCGGCCAACAUCGGCAAUCCUCAGCAACUCGACCAGAAGCCGAUUACCUUCUUCCGACAGGUCGUCAGUCUCCUCGAGAACCCCCUGCUUCUUGAGCACGAGGAUGUCUUGCAGAACCAGCUUGGGUACAAGAGCGAUGCUAUCGCUCGCGCCAAAUUUCUUUUGAGCCAGGUCGGCUCCGUUGGCGCCUAUAGUGCCAGCGCUGGUGUCCCCGCUAUCAAGGAGAGCAUUGCCAAUUUCAUUGAGCGCCGAGACGGAUUCCCCGCCGAUCCCGCCCACAUUUACCUCUCUGGCGGUGCCUCUUCCGGAGUCAACACGCUUCUGCACAUAAUUGCUCAGAAUGCUCAAAGCGGUGUUCUUGUGCCCAUUCCUCAGUACCCACUCUACACUGCAACCCUGUCGGUCCUCAACGCCACUUGCGUUCCUUACUACCUCGACGAGGCCUCAGGCUGGGGCACCGAUCUGAACACCAUCAAGGCUGCCUACGAGAAGGCCACCUCCGAAGGCACCGAUGUGCGCGCUAUUGUUAUCAUCAACCCCGGUAAUCCUACCGGCGCCUCCCUGUCCGAGGAUGACAUCCGCGCCGUCUACGACUACGCGGCGGAGAAACAGCUCGUGGUGAUGGCCGAUGAAGUCUACCAGACCAACGUCUUUGUUGGCAAGUUCCACUCCUUCAAGAGCGUUCUGCGCAAGCUGCAAAAGGAAACCCCCGGCAAGUACGACGGCGUUGAACUCGCCUCUCUGCACUCCAUCUCCAAGGGUAUGGUCGGCGAGUGCGGUCACCGCGGCGGCUACUUCGAGCUCGUCAACUUCGACUCCGAGGUUGAGGCCAACAUUUACAAGUUCGUCUCCAUCACCCUCUGCGCCCCCGUCAUCGGCCAGUGCAUCGUCGAGCUCAUGGUCAACCCCCCCAAGGAGGGCGAGCCGAGCUACGAGCUGUACAAGAAGGAGUACGACGGUAUUUUCAACGGCCUCAAGGAGCGCGCCACUGCUCUCCACAAGGCCUUUGACCAGAUGGAGGGCGUCGAGUGCGGCGCGCCGCAGGGUUCCAUGUACCUCUUCCCCACCAUCAAGCUUCCCGCAAAGGCCAUCGAGGCCGCCAAGAAGGAGGGCCGCACGGCCGACGAGUUCUACUGCAUGCGCAUGCUCGAGGCCACCGGUGUCUGCGUCGUUGCCGGCAGCGGAUUCGGUCAGAAGGAGGGCACCCUGCACUUCCGCACCACUUUCCUCGCGCCCGGCACUGACUGGGUUGGCCGCAUCAUCAACUUCCACAAGGAGUUUAUUGAGAAGUACCGGUAA